AUGACGACCCCAGACGGAGGGGCCGACGGCGCCGCCCUAGCCCUGACGGACCCAGGGCAACGUCAUCAGCAGCAGCACCACCACCAGCAGCAGGGAGGUGGGCGUCUGCAGCAGCAGGCGGCGAGCAACGGGGCCGCGGCCAUGACCAAGAAGCCCCCCUCCAAGGACCGCCACAGUAAGGUCGAUGGGCGGGGCCGCCGGAUCCGCAUGCCCAUCAUCUGCGCCGCCCGGGUCUUCCAGCUCACCCGCGAGCUCGGGCACAAGUCCGACGGACAGACCAUUGAGUGGCUGCUCCGGCAAGCGGAGCCCGCCAUCAUCGCGGCGACCGGCACCGGCACCGCGCCGGCUUACUUCUCCACCGCCACUGCGUCCGUGCGCAGCAGCCAGAACAACCAGUCCCCGACUACCACCUCCUCCUCGCCCUCCAUGUCCGCCUCCCUCGACCAUAAAUCAGGCGGAGGCCCUGGAAGCCAUAACUCGCAGGGGCACCACAUCCCGCAGGCCCUGGCGUUGCCCUUCAUCCUCGGGAAGCGUCUCCGCACGGACGAAGAGUCGGAGAACGGGGCUAAGGAUGACGGCGCCGGGAUGAGUGGCGGUGGCGCUGGUGGAGGAGGACAUAUCGGCGUCGGUGUCGGCAUGGGUAUUGGGCCGGGGGGGGGCUUCUGGGCUCUGCCCACGAGGUCGUCUGAGUACGGCCACAUGUGGAGCCUCGCUACGCCGGAGAUGGUGGUGCCGCCCUCUGCUGCUACGGCGGCGUCAGUAGCGGGCCGAUUUGCGACCGUACAGCCCAUCGGCGAGGCCUCUGCCGCGAGGGUGGGGAACUACAUGCCAAUGGGUCAGGGGCAUCUAAACUUGCUGGCGUCUUUGUCUGGGGCUCCUGCGGGUGCCGGUGGGAGGAGAGAAGAGGAGCAACGUUGA